CACGGAGCUGCUGCCCCGCGCUGCCCUGCCCCCCAGACGCGGCAUGUUGCCCGGGCCGCCUCGGCGCUGGGACGCGGGCAGAGAGGCGCCGGAGGAGCAGGGCCCCUCGGCGGGCAGUGACUCCGGCGAGGCCUGGACCUCUGGAGAGGAAGCCCCGGGGGAGCCAGGAGCAUCCCCACAGGACAGCCCGCAGCCCUGGUCACGAAGGCCUUCCUGGACCCAGAGGGAGCAGCUGCUGGCCCGGUCCCCGCCAGGCCUGGCUGCUGAGCACUCCCCGGGAACCCCAGUUGCCCUUUCCCCGCAGAUGGCCUGGGAGGUGGCCCCCUCAAGGAUGACUGUGUUAGCACCGUGGGACCUCAACUACAAGGCCAAAGCAGGGCCACGGAUGGUGUGGGGACCUAGCUGUGCGCCUGGUGCCUCCUUCUCAAGCCGGACCUUGUGUCAUCCCUCAUUCUGGCCGCUGUACGAGGCAGCCUCAGGCCGGGACCUCAGUCCCCUGGCCCCAGCAGCAGGACGUCAGAAUGGAGAGCAGGCACCCAGGGAUGCAGGGUUCCCAGUGAUGUGCCAUGAAGAUGUCUUUCUGUCAGACCCGCUGCUUCCCUGUGGGCAGCGUGUCCCCCUGUACCUGUCGGAGGCCUCUCAGCAGGUCAUGGGCUCUCUGAAGCUGCUGCUCCCACCUCCUAUCAUGUCUCCCUGGGUGCUCCACACACCAUCCCCGGGCUGCUCCACUGCCUGGCUCAGUGGGCCUGAGCUGAUCGCCCUCACAGGCCUCCUGCAGAUGAGCCAGGGGGCUCCUAGACCUGCCUCCUCCGGGGCUCCCACGCCCCCUGUUGGCCCCCCAGGCCCUGUACCUGACCACCCAGGCCCCAGUGGUGGCCCCAGCUCUUCUCACUGCACUGACCCAUCUGUCCCAUGAACCCCAGACACCUCAUUGAACACAGCCCUUUUGGGAGGCAGAGUGGGUCCCCUUCUCCCCUGGGCAGGUUCUCUUGACAAUAAAAGUGUUGGUUUGCAAA